CGCACAUUUCAGGCAAGGCGAGAGCUUGUGGACCCGGCGUCUUGAAGCCUUCUAUCUUUUCUUCAUUUAUCCUGAGAUUUGCAACUCAUCAACAUGAAGGUGCUGUUCUUGGUGGCUGCGAGUUUCUUAUUGGUGGGGGACACUUGGGUGGAUGGUUUGGCUAACCCCAUGGAUCUAAAAAAUUUAUCAGUUAAAACCGUGGAUAAAGAUAUACUGGGGGUAGCCGAAACCCUCCAGGAGAACUUAAGAUUGUCUAAAAGAUCUGAAGAUCUUCCUGAAAGUACCAAAGAUAGCACCAUUGAACCUGCUGAAGAAAAUAUAGCUGGGAAAGAUGAAUUACAGUGGAAGGAUGUCACACCGAGGUCUGAUGAAGACUACAAUUCUGACUAUUUAUCUUCUGAUGAUGUCAUAGAUGAUGAUGCUGGUAACACAAAUGAUGACUCUUGUGAAAUUGAUACAUGUGACGAUUCUUCUUUAUCUGAUGAUGAUGACUCUCAUGGUGAUACAUAUGACGAUUCUUCAUCUUCUGAUGAUGACAAAGAUGAUGCUGAUAACACACAUGAUGAUUCUUAUGAAGGUGAUACAUAUGACGAUUCUUCUUCAUCUGACGAUGACGACGACUCUUAUGGUAAUUCAUAUGACGAUUCUUCAUCUUCUGAUGAUGACAAAGAUGAUUCUUAUGAAGGUGAUACAUAUGACGAUUCAUCUUCAUCUGAUGAUGACGACGACUCUUAUGGUAAUACAUAUGACAAUUCUUCAUCUUCUGAUGAUGACAAAGAUGAUGCUGAUAAUACAUAUGACUCUUAUGAAGGUGAAGCAUAUGCCGUUUCUUCAUCUUCUGAUGAUGACUCUUAUGGUGGCACAUAUGACGUUUCUUCUACUUAUGAUGAUGAUGACUCUUAUGGUGCUACAGAUGACGUUUCUUCAUCUUCGGAUGAUGAUGACUCUUAUGGUAAUACAUAUGAAGUUUCUUCAUCUUCUUCUUCUGAUGAUGAUGAUGACUCUAAUGAUACAUAUGGCGUUUCUUCUGAUGAUGACUCUUGUGGUGGUACAGAUGACGUUUCUUCAUCUUAUGAUGAUGACUCUUUUGGUAAUACAUAUGAGAUUUCUUCAUCUUCUGAUGAAGAUGACUCUAAUGGUGAUACAUAUGGCGUUUCUUCAUCUUCUGAUGAUGACUCAUAUGGUAAUACUUAUGACGAUUCUUCAUCUUCUGAUGAUGAAGACUAAGAUGAUGACAACAUAUCUGGCUACUCUUCUUUAUCUUCUGAUGAAAAUUAAGACAAAGGUGUCAAUCUGGCUACUAUUCUUUUAUCUUAUGAAGACAAAGAUGAUGAGGUUGAUAACACAUCGUGUGACUUAUGAAGGUGACAUCUGACUAUUCUUAUUAUUUUCUGAUAAAAAUGAAGACAAAGAUGAUGACUAAACAUAUUCUGAUGAUCAUGACAUAUUGGGAGUUAGAUAAGGAUAACGACUGGGGAACCUGCUGAAUUUAACACCUUAGGCUUGUGCUGAAGACCCUGAGAGCAGCUUAGAUAUCACCACAGCUUGUCCACCCAUGAUGACAAUGAAAUUAGCUGAAAAUGACGCUUUUGGGUCUGGGGUUAGGUUGUAGUACAUGCAAUACCCAUGAACUGAGAUACCUACAGCUAUUGGUGAUUUGGAGGCGAAGAUGACACCACUUCCUUUCUGUGGACUUAAAAUGAUUGUGUCAUUGGUUUUCCACUUGCAUCAUAAAAAACACUGGUACCUUUGCACUAAUUGAUAAUUUAGAUGUUAUAUUAAAAGGACUCAUAUUUUUGAGCAGGUUUGUAACACCAGUUUUCAAGAACUCUAGUGGAUAAAUGUGUUUCCUAAACAUCCCAGCAGUUAUUUGGAAAAGCACCUUGAUGUGCUUUUAAAGUGCAUGCUUUAAUGUAUGAGGAGACCUGUUUUAUUUAUUUUUUCUUAUUAUUCGGUUUUUAACAUUUUAGGGAUUUGUAGAUUUUCUUUCGGCUGUACAGUACAGUAUUAGGUAACUCAAAAGAGUAGAUUGAAGUAUUUUUGGUUGAAGUCAUGAAUUCAUGAUAGUACUUGAAAAUGCGAUGGGAAGUUUGUAAAAUCCUAAAAAGCACCACAUAAAUUCCAAACUUAUUUAUGAAAAAGAAGAUAAAUAAAACAAAUGGACCUUUUCGACAUGUUCAGAAAUGGGUUCAAGAUAACGGCAAACUGGAUUCAAGUUACAUCUCAUUACAGUCAGUCAUAUCCAUAACGCUUAUUAAACAUGUGGAACAGAAUAGUUGUUACGGAACUGUUUGUGCUAUAUUUGGCUAAUUUUAUGGUUUAGUGGUCAUAUAAGGAGUUGAAGAUUGACAAAAUAUUGUUUUUGGAACCUGUGUAAAGUAGACAUUCAUAGUGUGUCUAGGGGUUAAAAAAUUAAGUCAUGCCAAUUUAUUUAAGUAAGAAAGUUCAGGUGCUUUAUAUUUACAUUCAAGUGUUUAAAUUUGGUGUGCCACUGAUUUUUGAGCCCAAUUUUACACAAUGUUUUGGCGUAUGUUCUAUAAACUAAUUUUGAACCUCUGAACUGAACCCUAAAAACUUAAGUAAAAUAGCAUGUAUGAGUUACCACUUUUACAGUACCCAGUUUAAAUAGCUUUUAAACUGAUUUCUUUUGUGUUUAUAAGAUCAGUGUGUCGUUAUUAAUUCUAAUGUUAAUACAGCAUAUUGUUAAAAUCGUGCUGCGACGCGAGGAUGGAAGUAAAGUGGGUGUUUGCGUUCCCGUUCACUUAAAGCUACAGAAAUGAUGACCAUUGUAGUUUUCAUUGAUCAUCACUACUGCUUAAUAUUUGAUUCACUUGACUAGUUUUACGAAAUUAAAAAAAAAUCUUAAAGUACUAGGUUACCUUAACACCAAUGCUGCUGUUAUUGAAGAGGAUGCAGUUUAUAUAAAAGCCAAGGGUAUGGCGAGGUUCAUUGUAUCCAGUGCUGCUAUCAUUAAAAAGGAAGCAAUUUAAAUGAUAGCAGCACUUGAUACACUGAAUCAUAACAGGAAAUAAAAGAAUCUUUUAUUUUUACUUUUAAUAUCUGGUAAACUACUUAAUGUAUCUACUGUAAUGGAUUGCUUUUUAUUUUGUUGAAUAUGGAAUGUACAGUGAAACUGCAAGUGAAGUACAAAACAUGCUGUCGUGAGUACAAGUUAAUAAAAGUC